AUGUUUACACGAAGUAUCAACACGCAUAGUGAGGACAAUAUCGAAUUGCAACCCUACACAGGCGACGCAGAUGGAGCUCAGGACGUCUCUCAGAAUGAAAAGAUACGCUCAGGUCCACUCCAAGACGCAAACAAAGGAGCAUACUCUGAAUUAACUGUGGUAGACAGCACUGCAGAGCCUGCAUAUCCUUCCGGUCUCGUCUUGUGGAUUGCUGUCACCACUCUUUGUGUUGGUAUCUUCCUUACAACUUUGGACAAUACCAUUCUCGCCACUGCUAGGCCCUAUAUAACGGAUGAGUUCCAUUCUCUCAAAGACAUCGGGUGGUAUGCCAACAUCUAUCCCAUGGCUAUUUGUAUGUCGCAGCUUCUCUUCGGCAAACUCAGUGCACGAUAUUCGAUUCGAUGGAUCUAUAGCAUCUCUAUGCUAUUCUUCCUCGUCGGCUCGGCCGUCUGUGGUGCCGCGCCCAACUCACCAGCUCUCAUCGCCGGUCGUGCCAUCGCCGGUGUUGGCUCCUCGGGCCUUCUUAUCGGUACCUUCUCCCUUGUCCCUUUCCUCGCUCCAGUCCCGAAACGACCAGUCAUUUUGAGCUGCGUUGCCAUUGCUCGUUCGCUAGCCUCCAUCUGCGGCCCUCUUCUGGGAGGGGCACUCACAGAACAAGCUUCGUGGAGAUGGAACUUCUGGAUCAACCUACCCAUUGAAGCUGCCCUCCAAGUGGCCUUCUUUUUCUUCGUUCGUCCGCCGAAGCGUGAGUCCCAGGCCUUCACCUCGUGGAACGACUUCUUCCGGUCACUUGAUCUUUUUGGACUCACGGCUAUUGCACCAGGAGUUGCCUGCCUUCUCCUAGCCUUACAAUGGGGAGGAAUUGACUAUGCGUGGGAUAGUUCGCGCAUCAUCGUCUUGUUCGUUCUCUUCGCUGUGCUAAGUGUAACCUCCAUCGCCAUCGAAGCCUGGCAAGGGGAUCAAGCUCUGCUACCUCCUCGAGUCAGCACGCAGCGAACCGUUAUCUCUGUAUCAUUUUUUGCGUUUUGCACCGCGGGGGCUAUCUUUGUCCUUACUUAUUAUCUACCUACAUGGUUUCAAGGAGUCAAAGGGUACAGCCCAAUCCUAUCAGGAGUCUAUACUCUUCCCUGGGUUCUCUCGAGCACUUUCACUCUUCUCACAAGUGGAGUGAUCAUCUCCAAGUUCGGCUAUCCGAACGGUUGGAUAUUUGUUGGGUCUAUUUUCUGUGCUAUUGGAUCCGGACUUUUCACUACCUUCGAAGUGACCACAAGCACUGGCAGAUGGAUUGGAUACCAAAUUUUAUUUGGUGUCGGAAGUAGCCUGUCUAGUUUGAUUCCUUUGAUGGUUGUACAAAAGGUCCUCCCCCUGGAUGACGUUCCCAUUGGAUCUAGCUUGGUCAUGUUUGCACAGACAAUCGGCGGAUCCAUAUUCGUGUCCGUGGCCCAGGCCAUAUUCACAAACAAUCUUUCCUAUGGUUUACAAAAGCUUGACAUCGGUCUUGAUGCGUCCGCAGUGGUAAAUGGAGGUAUCACAACCAUUACAAACGGUCUGACCGGAGACAUAAAACUUGUCGUCCUGCGUGUUUUCAAUGAUGCCUUAACGCAGUCUUGGCAAGUUACUGUGGUUCUUAGCUGCGCCUCUUUCCUUGGUGCUUUGGCGAUAGAUCACAGAUCUACGAAGAUGAAAUAA